AUGAAUCCGCAUCAACAACAACAACAACACAAGACAAUGAUGUUUCCUGGUGGAGCUAUUCCACAACAACAACAGCAGCAGCAACAACAGCAACAACAACAGCAACAUCAACACCGAGUACAACAAUUACAGCAAAUGCAAAUACAACAAAUGCAACAGCAACAACAACAACAACAGCAUAUGCAACAACUUCAAAUGCAACAACAACAAAUGCAACAACAACAACAGCAACAGCAACAACAAAUGCAACAACAACAACAACCAAAUAGAGGGAUGGGAUUCCAUCCUUCAUUUUCAUCAUCUUCAUCAUUGUCACGUUUGAAACGAUAUGAACUCCAACGACCUGAUAAAAAGGAUUUAGGGCCUGGACUUGGCCCACCCGAAUUCUAUCCGCUCGAUGAACAUGCCAAAGAAGAAAAAUUAACAAACGAAUAUAUUGUUGGUGGUUUUGCUGAAACUAUUGUUGAUGAUGAAUUUCGAACAUCAUCAGGUGAAUUUAAAGCAAGUGAUAUUUCAAAAUUAAAAGAUAGAUUAUUACAAGGAGUUUAUGAAGUUGAAUGGAAAAAGAAUUCUUGUCCUAGAAGAACUGCACCAGUAAAGGAAAGAUCAAACAAAAGACAUGUACCAGAACAAAGUGCAUACUCGAUAUCACUUCGAGAGGCAUGGGUAAACAAAUUAAAAGAAACCAAUGAGCCAUUACAAAAACUAGCAGCGGCAGUUCCACACGGAUACAAAAGUGAUCAAUUGAUUAAAAUGUUUUUAGAGUUUCAUAUUCCUGUUUUACGUGCAACUUGGUAUACUAAAAUUGUUUAUGGUAAUUUGCCAAAACAUAAAGUAAUAGAACCAUCAAAUGAUUGGACAAAGACAAUAUUACAAAAUUAUUUUGCAUUGAUUAGAAUUGUAUCGAUAGAAUCUGAAAAGAAACAAUCUAUAUUUAAUGGAUUAUUGUAUGUAGAGAGAUUGUUGCGGUGGAACUAUCACGAAGGUUUGCUCAACAGGGAUACAAUGUUGACAAUGAUGAUUGAUCAUCUAAACGAAGCAUCAAAGCCCGACGAUGGAGCCAUUGUAGCAUCGAUGAUUCUUAGCUACACCGACUUGAUGAUUCAAUCGACGACACUGUCAUCAAAAUUUCUAACAAAAUGUUACGAAAGAUUGGUUAGAAUUACUUCCCCAUCGACCGCACCCCCACCACCAUCUCUAUCAAAUAAUCCAAUCAUGGGAACUAAACAUCAACAACUACAACAGCAACAACAACAACAACAACAACAACUAUCAUCCCUACCUCCUCAACCACAACAAAAUCCGCUAUCUUUUCACGAACUAUCUCCUCCCAAUCAAAAAUGUUUUACUUUACUUUGUACGAUUACAAAGCAUGUGGCUAUUGCUCUACCCGAUGUUUUCAUGUCGUUUAAAUAUUUCAAAGAAUUAAAAUUAUUUGUUUGGCCAAGCAAUAAUAAUAACAUAAAUAAUAAUAACAUAAAUGAUACUACUACUACAACAAAUGGAAUAAUUCAAAAUUCAUCACCAUCAAGUCCAACAUCAUCCAUUUCUUCAUCUUCAUCGUUGGACUUAAAUAUUUCUUCUCCUUUAUCACCUCCAUCUUUACAUUUCUUAAAAUUAUCAAUAUCACCAGAAACUAAAUUUUUAAAGAGAUAUAAUACAGAACAAUCAUUUCAAUUUAAUAAUAUUAAUAAUAAUAAUAAUAGUAAUAAUAGUAAUAAUAGUAAUAAUAAUAAUAAUAUAUUAUUAGAUUAUUCAGAUUUAAUCAAUUUAUUGGAUAAAUUUACAACAACCAAUUAUAAUUUAUAUUCAUUGUAUAAUGAUAUAUUUGGUGAACAUUUAUCAAUGGAUGAAGAUAGACAGAAAUUAUUAUUAAUUUGUGAAUGGGCAUCAACUUCAUGUCGUAAAUUUACUUUUAUUCACCAAGCUGCUGCUUCUUUAUUAAAAAUUUAUGAAUUAAAUUUAAUUUCAAAAUUUAAUAAUAACAAUAAUAAUAAUAAUUUAAAUCCAUUACAAAAUUUAUUAGUAAAUUUUUUAGAAAUAUUUAAACCAAAGAAAAAUGAAUUUUAUAGUAUUUGUUAUUUCUUUUCAGAGUUGACAAGAAUAGGAGUAUUUUCACAAAAUUCAUAUGCUAGAUAUCUCAUUUCAAGAGGUAUAUUGGAUAAUGGAUGUGGUGAUUGUUUUCUAUCAAAUCAUCAGCAACCACCAACAUUAUUACAACAACAGAAUAAUCAAGGUUAUCAUAAAUAUUAUCUAAGAGAAUUUCCAAUAUUUAAUAGUAAUGAUGUACCUACGGCAGCAACACAUCAACAAAGAAAUCAAAGAAGAUCGAUACUUUUCUCUUCUCAUAUUCAGUCUCAAGAAAAUGUACAAAUGGAGACUGUCAGAGAAGCAAUCAAACAAUUUAUACUAGACACCAAUACCAACCUCAAACAUCAAGAAGACCAAAAACAACAAGUCCUAUCAAAACUUGUUCAAUUAUCAUUUUAUUGUCAAACUUCUCUAAUUGAAUGGUUAUCUUUAUGUAUAAGAUUACAUUUUAAUCAAACUUUACAAAAGAUGGAUAUCCUCUUGGAUACACUUUUUGAACAAGGUUGUAAAAAGAUCUCUCCUCUUUCAACCUCUUCCUCUUCAACUCUUUCUACUCCAAUGGAUCUUGAUCAAAAUGAUCCAUCAACUCCUAGCAAUAGUAGUAGCAGUAGUAGUAGUUCACUUUUAUCAUCACCAUCCCUAUGUGACUAUUAUCUAUCACAUUUAUUGGGAAAAUAUUCUUCCAUCAAAUCAUUUGAAUCUUGGAUUCAAAAACAAAAUCAACAAUUACCACAAUAUUCAAAUUAUUUAUCUUUAAUCUUAUCAUUAAAAUCAAAUUUGAAUUUUGAUGAAUCAAUGUCUGAUAAAUUAGAAUUAAAAGAAUUUAAUAAUAAUUUAUUAAAUAAUUUAAAAGACUCGGAUGAAUCUAUUUCAAAUUCAAUUCAAGAAUUGAAACAAUUUGUUCAACAAAAACAAUCACAUCAUAAUUUUAAUCAUCAAGAUAUUUGUACAGAGGUUAUCAAUUUAAUAUUUUUAAUUAAUCUUGAAAAAAUAGAACAAAAUGAAUUUUCAAAUCAAAUGAUAUUAUCAUUAUUUUUAUCAAAUUUGACAAUUGAAUAUCCAAUUGAAGGUAUUCAACAUCAAACAUUAUUUUGUAAAUUAUUAAAGGAUCAUUUGGUAUCUGUAAUUCACUCUACAAAAUCUUUGGUAGAUUUGACGAGAUCUCUCGAUUCUUUAAUCCCACUUUUAGCAUCUCUCAUCAUCUCUUUGUAUAUAGACCCAAAUACAAUCAUUUUACAAUCAAUAAUACCCUUAUUAAAAUCAAUUUUAUUUGAUAAUCCAAAUGUUCAACAUUUAUGGUAUUUAAUUAAGAUGAUACAAUCAUUAUUAUUUGAUAGUUCAUUAUCAGGUGUAAUAACAGAAUUUAGAUUAACAUUGUCACAAUAUUAUGGUGGUGACAAGGUAGAGACUUUAUCUGUACUAUUUCCAUAUAUUUGUAAACUCUAUGACUAUUUUGAAAAGUUGUCAGAUUCUAAAAAGAAAACCGGUGGAAAUGUUUCAGAUGAUGAUGGUUCUAUUAUAACAAUGGUUCAACAAAUUUUAAAGUCGAUUCUAGAAGAUUCAGAUUUUAAAUAUCCAUUCUUGUAUGACUCUCAAAAACAUAUACUAUCAAUCAAACAAAUGAAUUUGGAUCCCGUCACAUGUCGUUACUUGUUUAAUACGAUUUGGCAAAAUAAUCAACUAAAGUAUCAACAACAAGAUCAACAACCAACAGAAUUGAUUUAUAUUUGUACAAAUUAUGAACGACUUCGAUUGGAUAAUGUAAUCAACUAUUCCUAUCAAGUGAUCAACAAUACACUAUCCAACUCUUUCAAUUGCUAUUGGUAUAUACAACUAUCUUAUAUUGAACUACAAUUAUUGUUGGAUGAAUGGCAAUUGCUACCGCCAAUCAAUUCGACACCUCCUGUUCGAUCACCAAACCAGUCACCCAUCAUCACCUCGCAACAACAACAGCAAAUAUCAAUGGUCAGCUCGAACGGAUCAGUCCCCACCAACUCGUUGGCUCUUCCGCUUAGUAUCCCCAGUGCCAACAACUCUCCAACCGACCCAUCUAGCAAUGGACCCGAGUCUAUCAUCACCCAAUUCAUUCUAUGUCACUUUGAAUUGAAUCGUGGUUGGGAAAAGAUCUUUCUCUAUGAAAAGUUGUUCCUCCGUCUACCACAAAGCGCUAGAAACGAGUUGAUAAAGUUGACCACUGUUAUUAUGGAGUCACAGUAUAGAGAGGAUUCAUUUGAGUCUCCUGAAACCAAACUCUACCUCUUUUCUCAUAUUCUCUCCAACUUGCCCGUUAGAAAGAGACCAACUACCAUUGACAACAAGGACAAGGGUAAUACCAAAUACGAUGAACAACUCCUUCAAGAAUCAUUUACAGAAUUGAUCAUCAAUAUUUUGCUAUCCUACGAUUCUUCAAGUCCUCAUCUACAAACUUUUGUUCUAUCUCUAUUGAAACAAUUGAAUCAAUUUUUAAAUUAUACUCAAGUUUAUGAUGCUGUAAAUAUUGCUCCAUCUCUAAUAGAAUCAAUUUUAAAUUCUUUAUCAAUGAGAAUAUCAUUUUUAUUACCAUUAAUUAAUACUAUUAAAUUAUUUAAAACUGCAUGUAAAUUGGAGGAAAUAUCAAUUACAUUGUUAACAUUAUUGUCACGUAGUAUUAUUCAAUCAGAUGAAGAAUAUGAUUUCUUUAAUUCAAUCUUGACAAUAUUGGAUUUAUUAUUGUCUGAUAAAUAUGAUCAACCAGAAAUUGCUAAAUCAACCACAGCAACAACAACAACAAACCAACAACAGCAACAACAACAGAAAAGAAAAUUGUAUGAACAUUACCAAAAGAUCAAAUCAUUGUUCCCAGUAUACUAUCAAAACAAGAUUGAAAAGCAAAUCUCUUUCCUAUUACAAGUUAAUCUUUCCUCUUCUGUUUAUCAAAUCAUUUUACCUCCAACACUUCAAACAGUUCAAAAUUUACAACAACAACAAAUUCAACAACAACAACAAAAUUAUAAUACAACACCAACUCUAAAGCCUCAAGACAUUAGACCAAAUGUCAUUCCAAUGGAUCCUUGGUCUUUGCUUGAGGAUUAUGCCGAUACACCUCUAUCACCAUCAACCUUUGGAGGUGUAAGAAUGGAACGUAAAGAUUUGACUUAUAUUAAAUCAUCAUUUCCUUCAAAAUCAACAGAAAUCUCUGGUGCUGCUCCUAUGGAUAUAAGUAGCUCAACAUCAUCGACGGUCAGUAAAAAGAGAAAUAAUGAAGGAAAUCAAAACUCUCCAAACAUUGGUUCAACAUCACCACAAACAACAGCCGCCAAUCAACAACAAAUAAAAAAGACUAGAGCUCUUUAA